UUAAACACGUGCGUGCUCGUGAGGGUUGAGAGGUUGGAAUCGGAAUGCGCGACGCCGAGAAACAAAUUCCGAUGAAUUCCCCAUCGCUGGCCGCCUUGAUUUCCUCCCUAAUUUCCCAAAUCCUCAUCAUAAUCUUCCUCUUCUUCCCUCCCUCAAACACCCUCUCCAUCGCCACACCCAAUCCCUCUCCUCCUAAACAACCCCCCCUCUUUCCCUUCCUCCACCACUUCCUCGCCGCCGCCGACAUCGCCGCCUCCCUCUCACUCUCCCGUAAACGGAAGCGCCACCUCCCCGACACAGACGGCGCCGCCGCCUCUUCGCGCGUCGCCCGCAACCCCGACUCCUUCAAGCGCCUCUUCAACAUGAAAUCCGCCACUUUCGAGUGGCUCUGCGGCCUCCUCGAGCCUCUCCUCGACUACCGCGACCCCGUCGGCUCGCCCCUCGACCUCCCCGCCGAGACCCGCCUCGGAAUCGGCCUCUUCCGCCUCGCCACCGGCGCCGAUCACCGCGAGAUCUCCGCCCGCUUCGGAGUCCCCGAGGCUGACUCCAAAUUCUGCGUCAAGCAGCUCUGCCGCGUCCUCUGCACCAACUACCGCUUCUGGGUCGGGUUUCCCGGCCCCAACGAAUUGGAAUCCGUCUCCUCCCAAUUCGAAACCCUCACCGGCAUCCCCAAUUGCUGCGGAGUCGUCAGCUGCGCUAGGUUCGAAUUCGAUAUCGAAAAGGCUAGCAGAAAUUCUACCCCUAAUCAUCGGAAACAGAGCAUUGCCGCCCAAAUCGUCGUCGAUUCAUCAUCCAGAAUUCUAAGCAUUAUAGCCGGUUUUAGCGGCGGUAAGACUGAUUUAAACAUCUUAAAAUCGACCAAUUUCUAUAAAGAUGUUGAAAAAGGGGAAAUCUUGAACUCACAGAGGGUUGUUAGAGUGAAUGAUGUGGAUGUGCCUCAAUAUCUAGUUGGAAGUGGGGAGUAUCCGCUGCUUCCGUGGCUGCUAGUACCCUUUGUCGAACCUAAGCCGGGAUCAGUUGAGGAGAAUCUCAACAAGGCUCAUUCUUUGAUGCAGGUUUCCUCCAAUAAGGCGAUGGCGAGUUUGAGGAAUUGGGGUGUUUUGGAUAGGCCUGUCAAGGCAGAGUAUAAGGCUGCAGUGGCUUGUAUUGGUGCUUGUUCUAUAUUGCAUAAUAUGUUGAUAUCAAGGGAGGAUUACUCUGCAUUUUGCCACGAAUGGGAUGAUGGUGCUUUUCUUCGUGAUCAAGAUGUCGUUGGGUUCGAGGGGGACUUGGUUGAAGAGAACGCAUCUGUUAUUCGAAACGCAUUGGCUACGAGAGCCAGAAGCUUAGAUUGUUCGAAUUGAUUUGAGUAAGGUGGCGACAUGAGGAGCAUGGCUGACUUUUUUGGGUUAUUCUUCUGGAAGAAAUGGCGAAGUAGCUGUGGAAGAAAAGCUGUUUUCUCCAAUUCUUGAUAUUGUAAAGUGAGCAUUCCUUUUUCUUGGUUCCAUUGGUUUAUUGGUUUAAGUAGGAAGAUGCAUGCUCUGUAAAUGGUUGAGUAACUUUAAUACAGUAAUAUUAUUGGAUCAUUGUUGAAAUGGGAUUUUGGAUGAUUCCCUUUAAUUUUAGUGAUCAUAACAAUUUUUCUAGUUUAGUUAAAUGGAGUGUCAAAUUGUCAUCAUUGAACAAUGUUACCUGCAUAUGGUUUUGGAUAGGGAAAUCAGAAACCAGAGAAACCACUGAGCAAAUCUGUGUUUUUCUUUCCUUGCAAAAUAAAUGGAUAAGAGUUGCUUCUGCUUGUAUCGUUGGACAGUCAAUUAUACGCUGUGUUGUCUAUCUCUAAAAGUUAUCGAUUUAAAGAGGCUGCACUGUUUAUGGAACACGAAUGCUGUUCAAGAUUUCAGUUCACGAAUGGUGAAAAUAUUGCAUGGGGUUAUUGAAAGUGUAAUAGGAAGAACUGAAAUCUUGAACAGCAUUUACUAUGUUACCAGUUGUUUCCUGGAUAAAAAACUUUCUAUCAUUCGCCACUUUUACUAUGCUACAGAAAACCAUAUGUUCAGCUGAAACAGUUUAUCUGUGAGAGUGAAAUUGUAGUGGGAAUCUAGAGAUUGGAUCAAAUGAUCAAUAACUAGUGUUGGAAGGCCUUCACUGGAAGCUCAUGAACACUAGAUGCUGCCAUGGGAGUUAGUGUUGCUUUUUAGCAGUCCUGCUUGAGUAUACUUGUACGAGUAUGAAAAACGAGAUAUGAAGGAAAAGAAACAGCCGACAAGCGACAGCUAGAGCACAUGGAUACACGAAUGGCUUCAACUAAUAGCAGAAGAACGCGGAUCUUGGCUAUUCACCUUACAGCUGUUGACAGUAAGUUCUUCUGCAACAUAUAUGCAUACAUAUAUCUGCUUUGCUGCUAGACUCUCAAAUCUUGCUGCUCGAUUUUCUGGAAACAGAACUAAGUCACUAAUAUGUAUCCCUACUCAUAUUCAUGUGUGUGUUGAUAUUUUACAGGGCUGUUUAUUGUCAAACACUUUGCUUAUUGGAAUAGGUCCUGGUUUUACUUUCCCCUGCAGAAGUAUUUGACAUGGUUGAUUAUAAUUACUUAGGGGUAUUCUGUUUGCAAGAUUGUAUCCCGGGUUUAAAUUUGUAGUGUGUUUGGCUCAUGAGAUUCAAUCCCACAACUCAAUUCUAGAUGGAUAAUCAUGGGAUAAUUAGUCAUAGUUAACUCCCUAUGACUAAAAUAAUCUCAUAACUCAAUCCUAGAUUAUAUCUUGAUAUUAUUUAAUCGUGAAAAUCGAACGCCACCUUAGUGUAAAAGGAAAAA